UUCUACACAAAUUAUCAAAAGAAGCAAAAAUAAACUAUGUGGCUAUUUGGUUCCGUCGUACAAAUAUCACUACUGUACACUUAUUUGGCAAUUGCGAAAAAUGUCGAGCUGUCAGAAGAAUUUGAAGCAUAUCGUGAAUGUCUGGAGAAAGUUGAACGAGACAUCGGAGAGGAGCAGAGAAUAAAAGUUGUGCACGCUGUCCGAGGUGCUGACGUCAUUCUGCCUUGCUUUACUUGUGUCUCCCCGGAAGACGGUGUGGAAAUUGAUUCAACGUACAAGCCGUCGGCUGGAUCAGUUGGAAGAACUGUAAACUAUGUCGUCGACUUUUUCAAACAGAAAUUCCUGCGCUCCUCCUUCUCAAUGCCCGACAAAAAUCGCUGGAAAUUCGACUGGCAGUACGCGAUGAUGGGCCGAAUGUUUGUCCCACUGUCCAGUAUGCAUUUCGACGCUUCUGAAUCGAUUUCCGACCGGAUCCGACGCUUCACGUCGAAGGAUGAAGCCGAGUUUAAGAUCGGGGAUCGGUAUGAGCUGGUGCUGAAGGAUGUCGAUGCGAAUAGUACGGGGCACUACAGAUGUAUCAAUCGACACGGGAGAAAUGUGAUUUCCAAUAUGUACUUUUUGGAGGUCUCAAACACGAAAAAAAUCAUUCCGUUAAACGGAAGUCUUGGAGUUGAGACGCUCCCUGCAGAAGUUACCCUGAAAAAUUCCAAAUUUGUGAAGGAAAAUCUAAAAGUCGAAACUAAAGCCGGGCCAUGGAGCAAGUGCAGUUACUGCUCGUCGGAUCGUGGAGAGCAAACUAGGACCAUAAAGUGCUAUGUUGAGCCAUCCGUCCGUAUCUCCGCUCUAAAUCCUGAGCUCCGAUACCUGGGCCUCUACGACAAAAUCCCGUGCUCCUCGACCCUGCUCCCGCUGGAUCUGCGAACAAAACUGAAGAGAAUCGGAAACCAUCAGAUCUUUCUCGAAACUCGUCCUUGCUUCGAAGAAUGCACCGGCUCUGAGGAGAUCAGCAGAAUCGUCAAUUCGUCUCAGGAUCUGGGUGACAUCAGAACCCUCGACUACCUCCCCGGCGGCGAAUUUGUGUUCGGAAAUAUUCUGCCAAGGCUUUUGCCUCCGGUUGUGAGGCGGGUUCGGCUGGUCCUCGAAAACGAUCCUCAGGUGUUGUCCUGCCAGAAGCUUAUCGAUCUGAACGCGGGCGUCCACUGGUACAGUAUGAAGUUCGGACCAGUUCAGCACACGAACAUCCAUGAGUUGUACAAAGAUCGGGCGUACUUUGACGAAGAGACCAACUUGGUGUUUAGGAAGUUCGCGCUGGAAGACGAUGAUGAAUACUUCUGCUACUCGUCCAACAACAUUCUCCUCGGCACCUUCCAUAUGCGAGUCGUCGAAAAUGACCAGCACCACCAAAUUAUCGAAGUCGUGCGGAUUGUCGUGAAGUUCAGCGCCUUCAUUUUCAUCUUAUCCCUGGUUGCCAGUCAGUUGUACCGCUAAAAUUUUGCAGUUGAAUGAAGAAAUUCCCC